CAACGUUGAAGUAAUAACUAAAACAAUCAAAAAUGUUCGCUAAGGUCGCUGUCCUUGCCUGCCUUCUUGGCAUGGCCUGCGCUGGAGUCGUCUACAACACCGGCCUCGCUGGCUACGGCGGUUGGUCGGCGGGCUAUCCUGCAACCUAUGCUGGCUAUGGCAGCUUGGCUGGCUACGGUUAUGGCGGAUAUGCCGGCUACGCUCCUGCUACAUCCCACGUUUCUGUCGUGAAAGAAAUUACCCCCUCAUACGGCUACGCGGGCUAUGGCGGUUAUGGCACUGGCUAUGGCUACGACGGUUACGGCUAUGCCGGUUGGUAAAUGCGUCGUCCAAAAUCUUACUACCAAAAAUAUGUCUGUCUACGG